AUGCACGUAGAUUACUCUGUAUAUCUGGUGACUGACAACACUCCUGCCAUUCUUGGCGACCAGGAUCUUGUUGAAGUUGUUCGUGCUGCCGUGGAAGGAGGUGUCACAAUUGUUCAGUUGCGUGACAAGACUAGCGACACUGCUGAACAAAUUCGCAUUGCCAAAGCUCUGCAUGCUGUGACCAAGCCUGCAAACGUCCCUCUUCUCAUCAAUGAUAGAGUAGAUGUAGCUUUAGCUGCUGGUGUCGAGGGAGUUCAUAUCGGUCAGGAUGACAUUGACCUCGCAUCUGCUCGCAGACUCCUUGGAAAAGACGCCAUCAUCGGUGUAACCGCAAACUCUCUGGAAGAAGCAGAGACUGCUGCCAAAGGAGGAGCUGACUAUCUGGGUGUGGGAACCGUCUUCGCCACUCCCACCAAGGAAAACACAAAGUCCAUCAUUGGCACUUCUGGAGUCCAGCACAUCCUCUCAUCUCUGGCUCAAUCCGCACCCGAGAUCAAGACGGUCUGCAUUGGUGGUAUCAAUGCAAAGAACUGCCAACGUGUGCUCUACCAGACUGCAGCUGCGGAGAAGAGUCUCGAUGGCAUCGCUGUCGUUAGUGCCAUCAUGGCUGCCAAAGAUCCCAAGAAGGCCGCAUCUGAUCUUCGCCAACUUGUUGCGACUCCUCCUCCCUUCGCUACUUCCAUCUCUGCUCCAGCCCUCUCCCAUGAGGACAUUGUGUGCAAGAUCCCAGAGCUUGUCAAGCGUCUGGCCAACAAGAAGCCGCUCUGCCACAACAUGACAAACUUGGUUGUGCAGAACUUUGCCGCGAACGUCGCUUUGGCUGUUGGCGCAAGUCCCAUUAUGUCGAACAACAGCAUGGAGGCUGGUGAUCUCGCGUCUUUCGGUGGUAGUCUUGUUAUCAAUAUGGGAACCACUACCCCCGAGAUGCGUGCUCACCACUUGAAUACCAUCGCUGCCUACAACAGUGUCGGUGGACCUGUUUUACUCGAUCCUGUUGGUGCAGGUGCCACUCAACAACGCCGUGAGGGUGUCGCAGCACUCAUGCGUGGUGGUUACUUCGAUGUCAUCAAAGGCAACGAAGGUGAAAUUCGCACUGUGUCUGGUGCUACAGGCUUCAAACAACAUGGCGUUGACAGUGGUGCUUCUAACUUGAACUUGGAUGACCGCGUCAAACUCGUCAAGUCUGUCGCUGCCAAAGAGCGUAACGUGGUUUUGAUGACUGGUGAGGUAGAUGUCAUUUCUGAUGGCAAACGUACUUUUAAGAUCAGCAACGGACAUUCAUACCUGGGUGAAAUCACCGGGAGUGGGUGCACAUUGGGUACGACAAUUGCGAGCUUCUUGGCUAUUGAGAGGGAGGACAAGUUGCUCGCAGCCGUCACCGGCAUUCUGAUGUAUGAAAUUGCUGCCGAAAGAGCUGCGAAGAAGGACUCUGUUAAAGGCCCUGGCACUUUUGUUCCAGCUUUCAUCGAUGAGCUGUACGCUAUUCGCCAGGAGAGUGCAGCAGGAGACGGAGAUUGGGCAAAGGAAGCAAAGAUUGAAAGUGCCGAUAAUUAA